AUGGCGGCUUCAUCCUCACUUUCAAUCCUGGUGGGUGACAAGCGGGAUUCCCGGCCUAGCGAUGGAGAGACCUGCCAGACGCCAUGUAGGACGUCGUCGGAGACUGCGAAUAUGGUGGAAACAUUGUCCACCACUGCCGUCGAAGGCAUCAACACGCGAUCGUUCGCGGAGGCUAAGAACAGCGGGCUGUUCGCACCCGGCUUCGAGGCGAAGUUCGAUGACGUGCAGGCAGCGACAUCACUGUCAGAGCAUGCAGACUAUCUUCGAGAGGUCGCAAAGGCACAUCCGGAGUACAGCGCGAAGGUGGUGAAUGUUUCCUCAGAUGUGGAUGAGGAGAGUGGCUCUGCCACCGUGUACAUGCUGAUGAGCGUCCUUGGCCGGUCGACACCCAUUCGUCGUCAGGCAAUGAGCAUCGUCCGCUGGGCGAGGCACGAAGAGGGCAAUUGGCUCAUCACAAGUGCGUCGACCAUCAGAGGCAUGACUGCAUCGGAUCUGCCGGGCGCGUGA